AUGACGGUGGAAAGCAAGAUGGCGUCCCCUGAUCUUCUCUCUUAUGGGUUCUCCGUGAUAGUAGCGCUUGGUGGUGUUAUUGGUUACAUGAAAGCCGGUAGGUAUGAGGGAAGUGAUUCUUCACACCCUGGCCAAUGCUUUUAAUUUGACAGUGAUGCUACAGAAAUACAAUGAUAGAGCGUGCGUGCUUUGUCAAUACUUUUGGUGUGGCCUCGUGCAGUACGUGUUCGCUUACGAAUGAUUUAAGUUACGUAACCGAAAAACAAAAUUUUUGGAAAGAUUAUCACUUGAGACAGAACGAAUUUUCUAUGUACGUCCUGAACUUUUCACUUUUGUCUACAUUCACGUGCAGGGCUGUCAACCCCCCACGUCUAUUGAUGGGGAGUGGGUGAUAGAUGACGUAAUAAUGGAGGCCACAUGACGUCAUUUUUUGGGAAAAAAAGGCGCGAAAAAGAUGUUGUUUUAAUUGUAACAUUUCACCUAAUUGGUUUACUUCCCACCAAUCACAUUAUUGCUUAUAUUACAAUGGCAUACCAGAGUUUGUGAGGAAACGUUCAAUGUUAACAGAAAUAUAGCUCAAACAACGUAAAAUAUUUGAAAUUUCAUUGUCAGAGAGUCCAAUCUACAAGAAAUGGCAAACUUCGGCAAUUAUCCGGGAGAUUUCAGACUCUAAUCUGGAGAUCAGGAGAAACGGUUUAAAAUCUGGAGUCUCCCGGAUUAUCUGGGAGAGCUGACAGCCCUGCACAUGUACCAAAGAACCACCUGCGGUAUCUGGUUACUUCGUUCGGGGUCUAGAAUACUCAGACCUCAGACCUCAGACCCAAAAACCGGAAACCCCCCUCUGGAAAACUCAGACCUAGAAAACUCAGACCCCACAGGAAAAUCUGACUAGAAUAAGCAAAUGACGCAUUUUUCUUUCUCUUUCUGAACUUGGAUAUGGUUGUUAUGAGUUUGCCUAUAUAUUUUGACAAAGUGAGACAGUUGAAAUAAUCAUGAUGAAGUUUUAAAGAACGCAAGUUCUCUUUUUGAGUGACGUUUUUUUUUUUGGGGGGGGGGUCUGAGUUUUGUAGGUCUGAGUUUUUCAUUGUGAUUUUUUUUUUGUUCGCUAUUUUGCAUGAUGUCGCAGCAGAUUUAGAGUUAACUGAUUAUUUGAUUCAGCUAUAAUAUAAUAAUAUUGAGGGCAGUACUGACAAAACUGAUUGUUUGAAUUCCAGGCAGUAUACCAUCACUCGCUGCUGGACUGACAUUUGGGGGAAUUUCUGCAGCUGCUGCUCACCAGACUUCAGCACACCCAAGGAACCUUUGGGUUAUGCUGGGUAGGUCACUCUGGUUACUACAAAUUAAUAAAAAAAUUGGUAGAAAAAUGCACAAGUUUCUGUGAUUUAUUUUUGAGUGUGUUGCUUUAGCAGAUUACGUACACUGUCUCAAUAAAGGUAGUGACAAUGUUGCCCUUUUUUAAGCAUUGAUAUUGAAGAAUUAAAGGCACAAGUACAGGAGAAGCACAACUUUAUACCUGCAAACUUUUUUAAAUUAAUAGGCGUGGCAUUUUUAUCCUCAGAGUGCCAGGGAUUUUCUUAGGGGUCCAAUAAUAUCCGAAGAUGUCCAAAGACGUUCUCAGGAGUUCGGUCGAACAGUGACUUUCCCUAAUAAAUUCAGAGAAAGUUGAUCACUCACAUUGACUUUUCUUUUCCCUCAUUGGUUUCAGUCUCUUUAAAUAAUUAAUAUAUUUUUCAAAAUGUGUCAGUUAAUGCUGUUAUCGCAUAGCUUGCAAGCAAGCUCUCCAGGGCGCUCUGGGGUUUGGUGGGACAAGGAAGGAGAGCUUGCAACUACGUCACUGGAAUUUGAAUUCCACCUCCAAUUUCCCUGUGACUCCCUGUCAAGUGAGCUGUCAGUCUGCCAAUCAGCGCAAUGUGGAAACGAGCGUAAAUGUAACCAAACAUUGAAAAACACGUGCCAAGGGUAAUGAUGUCAAUACUAAUAAUGUCAUCUCUGCCAAUCAGCAUUUUGCAUUGACCUUUUUGAUGAAGAUAUUCAAAUUCCAGAGACGUUCUGAAUGAGAAUGAGGCUAUAGGUAUCCAGCCCUAUUGACCUCUUGCUUGUUUGCUUUAUCUGAGGCACAAUUUGGUUUACCAUUAAUUUACUGUACCAUCUCUUUCUGAUUAUUGUUAGUGUUUUUUCAUUACAGUGACAUCAUUGGUGUUGUCUGGAGUGAUGGGAACUAGAUUCAUGAAAACAGGCAAAUUUAUGCCAGCAGGACUAGUGGCUGGGUUAAGGUACUUCUAACACUCAAGCUUAUUAACUCUACUGACUGUAUGGAAAAUUUAAUUUAGAGCACUUUCACCACAUUGACAUGUUAAGGCCAAUGUAAAGAACUGGAUGCCAAUUUAAUUGUUGCCUGGAGAUAGACAACAGCAACCUUGAGAUUUAACAAAAAGUACAAAAUCAUUUGUGUCUUUGGAAUUUCGAGCUAACUGAAUCUCAUUUUCAUUGUCCAGACCUUUGAUCCCAUCUGUGUGUGGCCAUUCCCAGAGAUUGUUUUUUUCCCAAGUGGUUCCUUUUUCAUCGCAUACAUGUAAGAGUUAGAUCAGAGAGAGUGCUGUAAGAUGGAGCCUAUGAUUAUUUCCAAGAAGAGUAGAAAAAGUUUAACCAUCUGCAGAUGUGAAACAAAGACAGCAUUUCCUUUUCAGUUACUUUAACUCCCUGAGUGUUGUUUCAGCUGGGAAUUGAACCCUGCCCUACCACGCUGAACUCUGGUAGUCAGCUGACUACUGGGAUGGAGGUUCUGUCUGGUUACAGUAGUAUUGACCACUUCAAUUAUUCUUGUUGAUUUUAGUGUUGCCCAAGCUGUGCAUAUGUCCUACCGACUGAUGAAUGAAUAGAAGCUGAUGACUGGAUUUACUGUUAGUAGUCACAAAGUAAUAAUCUAGGAUCUAGCAUUUUAAAAGACAGAGUGGUUUGGUUUCACAUCAGCUAGCAGGUUUUCCAUUUGUAUACAUGCACUGUACAUGUACCAUGACUCAUUCAUCGGCUGGAAAUUCAGCAAGAAUAAUACUUUGUAACCUCAUACAGUAAAUUUCCUUCAUACAUGUGCAUAGAGAACCAUUUCGUUUGUACAUGUUUAGUACCUUCUUCUUUACAUUAUUUUUCAGUAGUGAGGUCUAAAAUGCAACAGCUGAAUACAGUGUGUAUGCAACUCUUUAUUGGCCAGAGAUGUUUAGUACAUUGACUUGUAUCAUUACACUGACUAAAAUGUCCUUUGAGGCACAAAGUUUCAAGGAAGCUAACUCACACCUGUCAUACAAAUAAAAUCCUGUGUGUUUUGUAGCCA